AUGCAAAAGGCAAUGAAAAGCGCAGAAUAUAUAAAAGCUAAUAAUGACUGGUUAGAUGCCCAAGCCAACGCUAAAGCAGCCCAACUUAUAGGGUCAAUAAGGACAAAAAUACAAGCGGAUGAAGACAGUUCAAAUGAAGCUUUAAUGAAUGCUGACUUUAAGAACGCCUUCGAAGCUCUUCAUAGUAAGGUGAAACUAGUGAACGACUUCUCAUCUGGAAAGAAACUGAAGUCUGAAGGUUUCGACAAAGAGUUAAGAGAAGUAGCACAAAAUAUGACGAAAAUAACAGAUGCAGCAACGAGACAGGCAGUUCAAAGUGCCUAUGACUCCGUUAGAGCAACUGUUGUGGAAAGUCAAGAAAAAGAGUUACAACAGACCAAAACAGACCUAGUAAAUGCUUUCUUAAGAACGAAAAGUCAGGUAGGACAUUAUGCUGCAGAUGGAACAUAUGUGCCAGCUGGUGGAACUUAUAUACCACCAGAUGAGGUACAAGAAACUCAACAGGAAGAAGUUCAGAUACAACCAGACAUGGAAGAAAUAGUUCAGCAACAACAGCUAGAAGAGCCUGAAGGAAACGAACAAGUCCCUCCUUUGGAAACUACAGAAAUAAAUGACGCAAGACUGAAACAGUGGGUAAAAGCUUUCCCAUUCACAAAAGAUAUUAUUGGUAACAUGGAAAGAAAACCAGAAUGGCUACAAAAACAUAUAUUUGGAAACGAGCUUAUUCCAUAUGGUCAAGCUCUGUUUGAAGAGCUUGAACCGGAAACUCAGGAAAGAGUCAUGCAAACAAUAAGCGACGACUCAAAUACAAACUAUGACGAAAUCUUUCUAGGAUAUAGGUUACCUGAGAUGGGCGACCAGAGCCCAAAGGCAAAAAGGACAUGGGAAAUUAACAACAUACUAGGUGAACAUGAGGCAAAGAUGCAACAACUUGAAGCAGAGGGCAAGUUACCAAAAGCGACACCAAAGAAGAAGAGAAGAGUAGAACAAAGUGAAAAUAGUGAAGAAGUAACUUCAUCUAGUGAAAGUAGUGGCAAUGAAGGAAAAAGAAGAGUUAAAAACUCAGUCAGGAAGAAAGUAAAGCUUGGUACGAGUGGGUUCUAUUAUGAUAUAUAA